AUGACUGCUGGCAGGCGGAGGGGGGGUGGCUAUGCUGUCCAAGUGGGGGCUGCAAGGUCUGCACUCUACCCUCUGACCCCGGUCCCCUUUCCCGAGUCAAUAGCCAUCCCAUCCGAGGCGAAAUUGCAUCACGCCUUCAAAUGCCCCCCUCCGACCACUCGUGUCUGGCAUUUGGUUGAUCAAACCGCGGCACAUCCCGGCCAUACGUGA